AUGUAUUUCCGCGGCGCGUGGAAACAACCUUUCCUAAAGGUCGAGCCAGCUAUGUUCUACACGGCCAACAGUGAGAAAAAGCAAGUGCAGACUAUGUGGCGGUCUCACGCGGCUGACGGCUGGUUUGCCCGCGGCGCCGCUCGAAGACAUCCAGGACAACUUGCGCGAGGAGGAGCUGCAGGCGUCGCUGCCCACAUUCUACGUGGAGACCACUACAAAACCAGUUGCAGCCUUAGCCAAGUUCGGAGUGAGCAGCAUCUUCAGUCGCGACGCCGAGCUGUCGGGUGUUUCUUCAGCGGAGGGACUCUUCGUGCAGGAGCGGUCCAACACGUGGCGGUUCGUGUCGACAACGCGGACACCUCUGCGUCACAACUGGCAGCAUCUAACGCAGUCCAGGAGUCUCUUAAGAACAUCCCAUUGUCCAGCAUCAAAGAACCACGCCGCUUCAGCGUCGACCGACCCUUCAUGUUCUUCAUCAUCGAUCGCCUUGACAACUUGGUGGUUAUUGCUGGAAAAGUCAUAGACCCAGAAGCACCGACGCCGGUCGAAAUUUAAACAAUUAUUUAAAGAAACAAAAGACUUAAUUUUCUAUUACUAUUUUUGUUUCAACUGUUUGUUUUUGUGAAUCUUUUUAUUUAAAUUUGGAGCAUGAUUAUGUUUUGCUGUGAA